AUGCCACAGAACGAGAUAUACAAGUUAAAACAUAAUUUUGGGGAAUCUACGAAAACGGCUCUUUACGGUGUGAGUUUUAAUCCAUAUGAUCAAAAAGAGGAUUCUGUUUUUGCGGUGGCAGGAGGACGUAACAUCAUCAUUGCUCAUUUUGAUAAUACCAAGCCUGUUGCACUCGAAAUUUUACAAACUUAUGUGGAUGAAAAUGAGGAAGAAAAUUAUUAUUGCUGUGUAUGGUCAUUUGACCCUAACACCGGAGCGCCUUGGCUUGCCGUGGCUGGUGCAAUAGGGCUUGUUAAAAUAUUGAACACGAGUAAUGGAAGUAUUGUGCAGACGCUAACAGGGCAUGGUGAUGCAAGAAAUAAACGAAAUCAAAUUUCAUCCGAAAAUGCCAUCUUUGCUUUUUUCAGCGAGCAAAGACUUCUCAAUUCGGCUUUGGAAUGUGAUCACCGGUACGCCUAUUGUGGUGAUUUCUUGGUAUCCUCCGGGAUGGAUCAUGCUGUAAAGAUAUGGUCUUUGUGUACACCUGUAAUUAAGAAUACCAUUGAAUCGUCAAUUAAGCCUAAAUCGCUUUCUCGAUCUCAACAACGACAAAGUCAGACGCAGACGUGCUGCAAAUCACAUGGGCAUCCCUCUACCCCGUUAUUCGACUAUCGAUUGCUUGCUACAGGAAAUCAAAUUGGACAGAUAUUUUUAUGGGAUUUACAAGAAAUUCCCUAUCUCAUUGAUAGUUAUAUCGAGAAGAAAAAAUUGAAAAGUUCGGGAGUGAAGAUGGACAAGGUGGUGGUGAAAAAAAAGGGUGGUAAUGGGUCAAACAAUAAAAAAUCAAAAGCUAACAAUGAUAGUGUUAGUGAUAUCAAUGAUAAUGUUUCAACUCCAAGAGGAGUCAAUCAUAAUGACGAGAGUGCGGGAAAGAAAGUGUGCAAACCAGCUAUUCUAGCCGAUUCCUGUGAUAGUACAAUAAGACAAGUGACCUUUUCCGGUAAUAGACAAUGGAUGAUUGCAGUUUGCGAUGAUGGAACCGUCUGGGGGUGGAAAUUGAAUAGAGAAGUGAGCGGACAGGCAGCUGGAAGCAGUAGAUAUGAUCCGAUGGUUAUCGAUGACUGA